AUGCGCAACCCAUCAAUGGUACGUGCAGACCCCAGGCGCAAGUCGCGAGAGUCGCGCAAGCUGACCAAACCCAUCAAAAUAACAGGGAACCUGCAAAAUGGCACCGAACCAACCCCAAGCUCGACCGGCUUUGAGCUGAUCUCCGGCCCCUUGAUCAACCUCAAAAACAUGCACUACCAGAACACCACCGUCUGGCACGGCAGUGUCCUGAUCGUCACAAAGCCAGGCCAAGAAACGCCUCAACUGCGCCUGCGUCAGCUAGGCUCCGUGGACGGACAGAGCGGCAGCGCCCAACCUCAAACCGUCGAGGGUCUCAAAUUGUACGAGGACCCCGCGAAAGCAUUCUGGAGAUUUUCGCUAGCUGUGCCGGUGGAAACGUUCGAGGCGCGCUGGGAAUACGAUAUCCCCGGACUGUUCAACGAGUCUGGAGAGCAGGUUCCGACAUCCUGGGAGUUUGUCGUUCCUGCGGAAGAGCAGUCCAUGCGCAUCAUGUUCCACUCGUGCAAUGGCUUCUCCGUCGGCACAGACAUGGACGCUUGGGUAGGUCCUAACCUGUGGAAUGAUGUGAUGCGCGUGCACGGCGAGAAGCCCUUCCAUGUCAUGGUUGGUGGCGGUGACCAGAUCUACAACGAUGGAAUUCGUGUGGAUGGUCCACUCAAGCCCUGGACGGCAAUUGGAAACCCCCAUAAAAGACGCAACCAUGACUUCAACAACCAAAUGCGCGCCGACUGCGACGAGUACUACUAUGCCAACUACGUGCGCUGGUACAACACCCAGCCCUUCCGUGCGGCCAAUGGUCGCAUUCCUCAGGUGAAUAUCUGGGACGAUCAUGAUAUCAUUGAUGGCUUCGGUUCCUACACGGAUCAUUUCAUGAAGUGUGCUGUAUUCCGCGGUAUUGGUGGUGUUGCUUUCAAGUACUACUGUCUCUUCCAGCAUCAUAUGGCUCCUCCCAAGUCCACAUUUACCACCGACGCCCCGCAGACUAUGCACGCAGUCAAUGGAACGUCAGGCAUUGACCCCCGUCAGGUGGAGAACACCUACGUUUUGGAAAACCAAGUCGAAGACGAUAGCUGGAUCACGGGUAAACGACCCGGUCCAUAUGUGGAAGAGCGCAGUCGAAGCUUGUACAUGCGAUUUGGAAAGCGCAUCGCUUUCAUGGGUCUGGAUGCUCGCACAGAGCGUACCCGUCACCAAGUCAACUACAAUGAUACCUAUGAUCUCAUCUUUGAGCGGCUCCAGCGUGAGAUUGCCGACGCAGAUGGCGAUAUCAAGCACCUUGUAGUCUUGCUCGGUGUGCCAAUUGCUUACCCUCGUCUCGCGUGGCUUGAAAAUAUCCUCACCUCCCCAGUCAUUGCCCCAAUCCGGCUGUUGAACAAGCGUUUCGGUGUUGCUGGCGGUCUCUUCAACGAAUUCGACGGACAAGUCGAUCUUCUCGAUGAUCUGGACGACCACUACACCGCGCGCCAGCACAAGCGCGAGCGCAAAAUGCUCGUCCAGCGCCUCCAGGAGCUCGCACGCAGCAACAGCAUGCGCGUAACCAUCCUGGGCGGUGACGUUCAUCUCGCAGCCAUCGGACGGUUCUACUCGAACCCCAAGCUGAACCUUUCCGGCGAAAACGACCACCGCUUCAUCGUCAACGUUGUCAGCAGCGCCAUCACCAACAAGCCCCCACCCAAGGCCGUAGCCAACCUCCUCGCCCGCCGCAACAAAAUCCACCACCUGGACCGUGAAUGCGACGAGACCCUCAUGCCCAUCUUCGACAAGCAGCCAGGUGGUCAAGAAAAGAGUGCAGCCUGGAACAAGGUCACCAUGCCAUCUCGCAACUACGCCAUCCUCACCGAGGUCACGGCACCCAGUGCCACCGGCUCCGACGGCAUCCUAGAGACCGAGAGCGCGAAGCUCGACAAACUCCCCAAAGACGGCCACGCCCCACUGCACAAGGGCGAAGUCGGCGCUGGAUCCAACCACCGCGCUGCGGAUGGUAUUAGCGUUCAGAGCGGUAUGUACGGUGGCCUUGAUGUGGCGAUCCGAGUCGAGAUCGAUGCUCAGGAUCGUAGCGCUGCCACAGAGGGGUACGGCUUUAGUAUCCCGCCUCUCAUGGCUACUGAGGGCCCACCGCGUACUGGUCAUCGGUUGAGUAUGCACUCCCGCAGAUCGCAGAGUCGCCCGUCCACAGCCCAAUAG